GACAGAUUCGGAUUCAACGAACGGCAGCGGUCUGCUUCGGCGCUAGCGAGAAACGACGACUUGGAGAAAAAAUCUUCUACACCAUCGCAACCUCCCCACUUCUAGAUCGGUGAUCCGUAAAAAGUUACACUGGCGAGUUUUUCAAGCGAAGAGAUGGAAAAGCAUCCGUUCCUCCGAGAACUCGAUGCGAUUCACGAGGUAUGCUUGCGCUACGAGGAUGAAGAAACUCGCGCGAUAGCUGCAUCGCUCGUCCCAACCGAAACCUUGAAAGCGCGCGUCGCUGCGAAAGACCCGUCCCCGGAUGUCGCAAAGGAUCUCCUACUAGUGGAGUUGAUACAAUGGUUUAAGGAUGAAUUCUUCUCAUGGCACGACCAACCGUUAUGUGAAACCUGUAAAGUCCAGACCCAUCAUCAGGGACUGACACCGCCAUCGCGCGAAGAGAUGAGAUAUCUCGCAGAGAGAGUCGAGUCUUAUUUUUGCGCGAAGUGUCGGAAAUCUUAUCGAUUCCCAAGGUACAACUGCCCGCGGAAACUCAUGGAGACUCGAGUUGGCCGCUGCGGCGAGUGGGCUAAUGUUUUCACUUUGUUCUGUCUAGCCCUUGACUUCGAUGCGAGGUACAUAUACGACGUGACAGAUCAUGUGUGGACGGAGGUCUGGUCUGAGGCCCAAGGCCGAUGGCUUCAUUGUGACGCUUGUGAAGCCGAGAUAGACAAACCGCUCAUGUAUGAAGUUGGAUGGGGCAAGAAACUCAAAUACAUCCUGGCUUUCUCCUCGUGUGAGACAGCUGAUGUCACGUGGAGGUACGUGACAGACUUCGAAAAAACGAUGAAAUUGAGAACAGCUAUCGACGAGACCGACCUCAUCCAUUAUCAAGAGGUCCGCACAAGACGAUACCAAGAAAAACUCUCUAAGGAGGAGAAAGACAAGAUCGCCAGGAGACGGGUCAUGGAGCUCACCGAGUUUCUGACUCCGCCGAAGUACAACGCACAGGACAAGUCCUACGGGGGGCGAGUCUCGGGAGACCUCGAUUGGCGCUUGGCCCGCAACGAGACCUCGGAAAAAACUGUGAUUUCCAACAAAAACCCAGACGUCAAGGAGCUUCAAUUAACUUACGUCUCGAGCAAGGACGAAUACACGCUGAGAGAGAACGGGAGGGAGAUUUCGAGGACCACGGGAUGGACGAGAAUGUUGGAAACCUGCAUAAAUGUCAGCAGAAAAGUGGAGAAAGACUGGAAGAUGGCGUACCUUGCACGCUCCCCGAACACGGAAUACGGAUUGUUCAGGUACCAGUUCAAAGUCACCAAGCCCUGUCGGUCGAUAGAAAUUUAUCUAAAGACGGAUGUUUUCGAGAACGGGAAGGCAGUGGUCAACGUCAUAGCCGACGGAACAACGAUAUGCGUCAGGAACAACGAAUUGACGGGCUCCUUAGACAAUUCCAAAGAUAUCGUUGUCGCAUGCGAAAUGACCGGUGGCAAAGGCGACUGCGCGUGGCAGCACGCGCAAGCGUUCCGUCAGGCUCUCGAUGACGACGCAACGGUGCUCAAAAUAAUCCUGCGAUUCUAAGCGUCUCCAGCGAUGAUGACCCGUAUUGUGGAAGUGUCAGACGUCUCAGCGAAGACGAGGGUUUACAUGGAUUCAUAAACACCUGAUAUUGCUUGUUCUGUACAUAUUAUGGGAAACGAGUGUCUGAAAUUUACAUCGAGACCCCAUAUUCCCCGUCCUCGUAGGACCGCUUUGGACGAUUCAUGUUUCCUGUGGGGAUCAUGUUUUGAAGACGGAUCAGUUUCUCUCUCAGAUUCAUUGCGAUCUUGUGAUGCUGUCAACAAUAUUCAUUGAUUCUAGUCUCGAAGGAAUAAAGAGAGUACCUACUUCCCUAUUGGGAGAUUC